AUGGCUUUCACGGCGUCUACAGAACCUCAGCGUGUCCAGCCUGAUACUAUAACACGAAAGCCCACGAGACCCAGGAAGGCCCAAGCCAAUCCGAAUCGAGUUCGGAACGAACUUCGGUUCGAGUUGGCCUAUUUGCGAGAGAAGGCGGCGCAAUUGGAGCAGGAGUUAGCUUCUAUGCAGAACAAGUCUCGAAUCAAUGGAGCUUCUACUAUCGUUCAUCAAGAGACGACGCCGUCCCCAACGGUGGUGAUUGUCCCUCAUGGAGGGUCAUAUCAGGAGCGUGACGCCUGGAAAGGAAUCGCGGGUCGGCAGAGGAAGCGGCGCGAGGAUGCAGAGCGUGAGAACACGCGCUUGAAGCUCAUUGUGGAGCGACAGAGGAAGACCGCGGUCGACUUGGCCAAUUUAUUGCGGAAACGAGCCGCCGAGUGCUCGUAUGUCAAGAAGCCAAAUGCAGGAGACAACCAACUCUGUCUCGUGUUGGAUUUCCACGGCGACAUUGGCGCCUUUCGCGACUUGUUUGGUCACCUUGAAGCGGCUUACGCUGAGAUAGAUGCAGUGCUGGAAGCUAACGGCCUGGCGACUAUGGAGAUACCUACCAACGAUGUCCACAUUCGAGGAGGCGUGGAUGGGAAAUACUUGGAGUUCUUUUCGAACAAGGUCAUGCCGUUCGGGAUGCGCGAUACAGCAGAGGCUGGAUGGGACCACUUCAAGGGCGUCGAGAAGCACUGCGGAAAUGGCGGGAUCUACGAAAAAUGGCCAAGUCUUGAUCAACCCUAUACAAUUAUCGAAGAAUUCACCAAGGAGUUAUACUCGAACAACUCUCGUGCAGAUAUGAAAGCGAAGCAAAUCGUUCGGCGUUAUGUGGAGGCAGAGCGCGACAUUAUCGUGUUUGUGUCAAGUGUAGCUCCCACUGAGAUCAAGCACAGGGCGAUCCCUGGACUGACAUACCACCUGAGAGGCUACGUGGUCACGAAAAAAUCCCCUUUGUCUGUUCCUGACCAUGACCUGUCGAUGCUGCAGUUCUGUUCGCGUAUUUCGAUCGACAAAGUGCCUGGCAUGGAGUAUGAUCCGGAUCACACUCGAGCUGCCAUCCGAUUUCUGGUUGGGAAUACUGUCGGCAACAUUCGUUGCUAUCAGGAGAGAAUUGAGAAUGCCCUCGUUGACCGCGCGCUAUCGCGACAGUGA